AAAUUCUAAAAGAAUCAUUUAGGUCACCUCUAUCUCUCUCUUGUGCUCUCGUGCAGCCGAAGAUCCUUCUCUGAUCGUCACUCAAAUCCAUGGAAGAUGAGGAGGAUCCAGCAGCAACGAAGAAGAACAGCAGCAACAACACAGAUGAUGAUGAUGAUGAUUUUGACAUAGAGCCUCGUGAAGGUAUUGAAUUUGAAUCCGAGGAUGCUGCUAAGAUUUUCUAUGAUGAUUACUCUAGACGUUUAGGUUUUGUGAUGCGUGUAAUGUCUUGCCGAAGAUCCGAGAAGGAUGGAAAGAUUCUUGCUCGAAGAUUUGGUUGUAACAAAGAAGGUCACUGUAUUAGUAUCCGUGGUAAGCUUGGAUCAGUUAGGAAACCAAGACCAAGCACUAGAGAAGGUUGCAAGGCCAUGAUUCAUGUUAAGUAUGACCGUUCUGGCAAAUGGGUCAUUACCAAAUUUGUCAAAGAACAUAACCAUCCACUUGUUGUUUCACCUCGCGAGGCUCGCCAAACUCUGGACGAAAAGGAUAAGAGAAUUCAAGAACUGACGAUAGAGCUGCGAAACAAGAAGCGCUUAUGUGCAGCAUACAGGGAGCAGCUAGAUGCGUUUGCAAGGAUUGUCGAAGAGCAUAGUGAUCAGAUAGCCAAGAAAGUUGAGAACGUAGUGAACAGUUUGAAAGAAUUCGAACCUAUAGACCGUGAGCUAUUGCGAAGUAAACAAGAUGCCAUCUAAGCCAACUAUGUAUGCUUGCGGCUGUAUAUUCUUUCAAUCGGUAAAGCUUUCUCUACCGCCUUUCCCGAUCUUCAAUGGUUUUAGUGUAAUCUAGAUGAAUCUUAUUUGUUUAUGUAAUGUAAUUUGAGAAACUGUGUAACCAUAAUAGAGUAGAAGAGAACAUGAAGGUUUACAUACAAAAUCAGGUGUCAGGAGUCAGGGUAUGAAUUUAACUCUUGCCUUAUAGAUCGGUACAAAUGUGGUUGGUUCUGCAA